AUGAAGAAAAAUCGGGAACGAAUUUCGAGGGAUUGUUCAACCUGUCAAACAAUUCUCGAUGAAUCACUUGGAUCGGUGCUUUGGUUCGGUGUUACAUGGCGCUGGAUGUUGAUGUUGAUGGGAAAAGUACAAGGACUUCAGCAACUUAUUUUAUGGUUGGCAGCGGUGCUGAUAAACUUUGUGCUGGACGGCGCGAUGGGUUUGGCUGAUGAGUUGGAAGCAGAAUUGAUCCGCUCAGGAACACAAAAGGGUCUCGGGGCGCACGGGUGGCAAUCGAGCAUCAACGCAUCA